AUGCAAGUUAUACUCUUCCUUCUCCUCUUGCUGCUGCCAAUAAAGAUUGGUGGCGGGUUAUGGCUUCGCAAACUCUGGAUAUUCGACGCUUUCUCCUACAUCGGGGACGAUUACCCUCGUAACUGGCCUAUAAAAUGGCCGCAUGAUCCACGCGUCAGCAUGCCUAUUCACGACACGGUUCGUUUCCAGCUGGAAACCGAGGAUGGAGAAGCAGAGUGGGCAGCCUCGAUUCCAGGCAGUGGCAUAGUCUAUCUUGGGGAGCAAUGCCGACCGUUCAGCAUCUCGAUGUUCCAUCAAAUACGAUGUCUCGACAUCCUACGCAAGUCAAUUUCCAGCGUAUGGUCUCGCAACGCUACCAUCGAUCAGCUAGGUCAAACCCGCGAUUAUGAGUUGACAAAGCAUUGCCUCAACUAUAUGCGCCAAAUGGUACUCUGUCGCGCCCAUCCUUACCUCGACCCAGUGCUGGGCUUUCCUCAACCUAAUGCUCAUCCGGAUAAGGAUGUCUGUCUUGACUGGAGUGUCGUAUAUAGAGAAGCAGUCGCCAGCCAAAAACGAUGUGUCUCAUAG